GUAAUCUAUUACCGAUAUAUCAUCAGAUUGGUUAAAACCAAUAUAAGUAUGUGCAGACAUGUAUUGUCACGGAACAUGUAAAAUAAAUAUGUGGUGGUCUUAACAACAACGUUAAAAUACUUCUGUUGUUACCAUCUUACAGGACUUGGCUCGGAAAUCAACCUCUCUUGUCUAGUAAAAAUAAACGGACAACGCGUGUUUUCCCUGCAUGUAUGUUGGCAUGCUAAAAGACACCAGAUUGGUUCGUAUCAAAAUAUUGGACUAGGAUAGAUUAAGGUUUUACAGUAUGUGCUAACUGUGAGCUAAACUAGGAGUUAUCUAAUUAGUAGACACAUUGCAGUUGGGUCGUUAAUAUGUGAGUCUAACGCUACUUUAGUAGGACCAAAGUCUUCAAUAAGCUAGUUAGCUGACUCUUGCUAGCCAGUUUAAUUGCAUCACUGUAGUGUUAGUAGCUAGCAACGAUGUUGUGUGUUUUUCGGUCGUGUGUGAGGAACGGUAGAAUUUUUGUAGCCUGCAGGGUCAGAUAUGGCUCUAACUUUACAAAGACAACACGACCUCUGUCGACCUUAAGCUCUGGUAACACCUCGAGAGCUCCCUGUUCCUUUGCGGUUCAUCCGGUAACGGGCAUCAGUCGGAGAGUCUUCUCUGAGUCUGUGACAGUAAAGUCCGUGAGUUCUAGAAGACCCAGAUGUGCUCCAGAGCCACGGGUUUCUUCCCACCCUGGCGAAUUUGGGAGUGACACGGGUGGGGAGGAUUUCGGCUCCCUGUCCGCUGAUUUAUCCUCUAGACUGGUUUUCCGGAAGACCACUCCGGGGCUGCAAGAGAUGGGGUACCGUGAGGAAGGCCAGGAGGAGAGCGACUUUGAAGAAUUCAAAUCUCGGACCGGUCGCAGAAACACACCGUAUUGGUACUUCCUCCAGUGUAAACGGCUUAUCAGAGAAAGCAAGCUGUCGGAGGCUCUGUCAAUGUUCCAGUGUGAGAUGUUGAAGGGAGAAAGACUCCGCCCAGAGGAGUUUAACUACACUGUUCUGAUUGGAGGCUGUGGACGCGCUGGGCAACUCAAACAAGCCUUCAAACUCUACAACGACAUGAAGAAGAGAGGCUUGGUCCCCAGCGAUGCCACAUACACUGCCCUGUUUAACGCCUGUGCCGAGACGCCAUGGAAACAGGCCGGGCUGCAGCAAGCCAUCCGAUUAGAGCAGGAGUUACGGAGGAAGAACCACCCCCUCAGUGACAUCACAUACCACGCCCUCCUGAAGACUCACGCCUUAAACAACCACCUGCGAGCUUGUCUACAUACACUAAGGGACAUGCUGCAGGCUGGUCAUGCUGUAACCCAGGAGACGUUCCACUAUCUGUUGAUGGGAUGUGUGAAGGACAGAGACACUGGCUUCAGACAAGCCCUACAGGUGUAUCGUCAGAUGGUGAGGCUGGGGAUUCGUCCUGACCUCCAGAAUUACAACCUGUUGCUCCGUGCUGCUAGGGAUUGUGGGAUAGGUGACACCAUCGAGGCCUCUGCCCUUUUGUUGACCUCUGACCCAAGCCAGGAAAGUCAGGGAUUAAAGGUCAGGGGCCAGGGGUCAACUCCACUGGACAUCGACGCACUGGAAAGUCAGCUGUUCACCCAACACCCUGACAACAAUACCACUAACCCUAGAAACAUCCCUGGUCACCAUGGAAAUGAAAGCAGUACAUACUUGAGUCACUUUAUCAAUGACCCAAGUCACCAUAGCAACCUGGAAUGUAGUGCAGUUGUCCCAGUAACAACCAAACCAGUGUUGGCGGGGCAAAAACAAGUACCAGAGGCUUCCAUUGGCUCUCUCCCCUGUCUGUCAGCAGCCAGUGCCCACCACCCCAACCUGCUGGACCUGGUAGUGGACAGGGCUGGUGUGAAGGGUGUGAUUUCACUGGGGGCAGUGAGCGGACCAUCUGAUAGGCUGGCUCUGAUGGGGGGGGCCCAGGGCUUCCUGGACAAGAUGGCUGCCGCGGGACUAUCCCCAGACAUUAGGACCCUCACCCUGUUAGCGGACACGAUGGAGCCUGGCAGCCAAUCCCUGCACUUUCUUCUGGCGGUUGCUGAGCAACACAGUGUGAAGCUGGACACAGCUUUCUACAACAGUGUGAUCCGCAGAGCCGCGCGUGGUGGAGCCAUGCAGGAAGCCAAGGCGGUGCUAAGCGUGAUGAAGGACAGGUGUGUGCGUGUUGACGUCCAGACGUAUGGCAGUCUGGCCCUCGGCUGCAACAGAAAGACAGAUGGACUCCAACUGCUGUGUGACAUGCAGGCAGACCAGGUGCAGCCUAGUGUCCAUGUUUUUUCUGCACUGAUUGGCUGUGCUGCUAGGCGACUGGACUAUGUUUACCUGAGGGAGGUACUUAAAGCAAUGACAGAACACAACGUUCCCGUUAAUGACAUCAUUAUCACCCAGCUAGAACACGCCUGUCAAUACCCACCCAAUUACAACCAGUAUAAAUCUAGGAACACCUACCUAUCUCAGAUUGAUGGUUUCCGUGGGUUCUACAAUCAGUGGCUGAUCACCAUGCCAGCCCAAGAGACAAGAGGACCAGAGAGAGACCACCCUGAAAGAGGACUUGAGAGAGACAAUGCUAUGGAAACCAAACAAAAUGAUGGACAUCAACACACAGUAGCAAGGAGAUACCGAAAGCAGCACAGCUGAACACACACAGUAACAAACCUACACAGAUACAAACAAGGGAACAUACACUCACUUAAAAACAGAGUAACAAACUAGAAGCAUUGUGUAAAUAUGUCUGACAAAUUGUAAAAAGUGAUUAUCGAAUAAAUGGUAAAAUAUCUGCUAA